GCCUCUGGGAGGAGCGAAGGAAGGCCCUGCUUCUGUGCUGCUCGCGAGCGCCGGAUCACCUGACAGGUGCGCUGCGCGUGCGCCAUCUGGAGCUCCGGCGAGCAUCAGCUUUAGCUCAGCCCCACGGAUGCGCGCUUCCCUCGCCGGCCAUCCACGCUACACUUUUCCAGGAGAAUCCUACUUCUUUAGACGAAGAAACUGAGAUGUUUAACCUGAACGGUGUCUGAUAAAGGCAGGAUCACUGGGAUAUAGCGAUAUCGCUGCUGCCCUGCCGUGUCGCGUUUAUCGUAGUUAAUACCGGACUCGGGAUUCAGAGGGAAUGGCCUCGGUAACAUCCAUAGAAGCGGUGAAGAGGAAGAUCCAGAGCCUGCAGCAGCUGGCGGACGACGCGGAGGACCGAGCUGAAGUGCUGCAGAGGGAGGUGGACCUGGAGCGGCAGGCCAGAGAGAGAGCUGAGGCUGAGGUGGCGUCCCUGAACAGACGUAUCCAGCUGGUAGAGGAGGAGUUGGAUCGUGCCCAGGAGAGACUCGCCACCGCGCUACAGAAGCUGGAGGAGGCAGAGAAAGCUGCAGAUGAGAGCGAGAGAGGAAUGAAGGUGAUAGAGAACAGAGCAACAAAAGAUGAGGAGAAGAUGGAGAUCCAGGAGAUGCAGCUGAAGGAGGCCAAACACAUCGCUGAGGAGGCUGACCGCAAAUAUGAGGAGGUGGCGCGUAAACUGGUGAUUCUUGAGGGUGAGCUUGAGCGCUCUGAGGAGCGAGCUGAAGUGGCUGAGGCCAAAUCUGGUGACCUAGAGGAAGAAUUGAAAAAUGUCACCAACAAUUUGAAGUCCCUGGAGGCACAGGCUGAGAAGUACUCCACAAAGGAAGACAAAUAUGAAGAGGAAAUCAGAGUACUCACUGACAAGCUCAAAGAGGCUGAAACGCGUGCUGAGUUUGCUGAGAGGUCUGUGGCGAAGCUUGAGAAGACCAUUGAUGAUUUAGAAGAGAAACUGGCCCAAGCCAAAGAGGAGAAUCUGAACAUGCACCAAGUGCUUGACCAGACCCUUCUGGAGCUCAACAAUUUAUAAAGACGGAGUCUCGCGGCACACUGAGCUUCCCAGCGGGGCCUGACGCAGCUCUUUGCUUUGAUAAGUGAAUGUCUUAGAGUCACACACUUGCCAUUUUCUUUCCAAACAGCUCGAUGCAAACAAUGUCUUGCAAUAGUAGAGAAGCCAGCAGAAUCUUAAACAAAUUAUCAACCUAAUUUGUAAGAAAUCCAUUGUUGAUUUAUUCUAAACGUCAUGUUUACUACAAAUGUAGCUUUUUGACCUCAACUGAAAAAAAAUAAAUAAAUCCUGUAAUUCCCAAUUUUGGAUUUAAACCAUAUACUAACAAUUUAAAGGCAAGAUUUUGUACAAUGAAAUCACUUUUGAGGUUACUAUUUUUAAGCAUUUUCAUUGAUUGUACCAAAAUGCACAGCUGUGAUUGUAACUAAUAUCACCUGCAAAAUUGUAAUAUGAAUGUUUCCGUAUGCAGUGCUGCAAACAUGUGGCCUUUCAAUGAAAUUCGCUUCUCCAAAUGCAACAUGCGGAUUUCAUGUCCUGGUCCAAAAAUGAAUUUGUGCUGAUAAACCCUUGCUUUAAAAUGUUGUGAAAUGGAAACCGUAGGCAACACUAAAACAUCUGUGAUGAUUAUAUAAAAUUGGGCCUGUAAGACAUGGCUUAUGUUUUUGAUUAUAAUAACUACUACAAAUGCUUGCAAACAUUUCUUGUGUCUGUUUGACAGAUCUGACCAAAUCUGUGAAGAAUAACGUACUCAAGGUGAUGAUGAUGAUAAUAAUAAUAAUGAUACUAAUUAUGGGGUUGGAUGAGAUUGCUGAAUCUAUUAUUAUUGCUGUGUUAUAUAUGUGAAAGAAUGCAAUGGAUUUGAUUAAUUGGGAAAAAUAUUUUUUACAUCGUUUAAAACUGUCUAACUCCCUCUAAUGCAAAUCACUAUGUAGUAAAUUCUAGAAAAACUUUGCAUUUAUUUGGUAUAUAAAAGGGAUAACAUUUGGAUCAUUCUUGCACACAUUUUUAAAUAAUUCCUGCAAUUUUUAUGCAUCACCUGUUUAUGUAUCCUAUGCAAUUGUUUGAGCUAUUUGAUUAAAAUUAAAAUAUUGAAAACAGAA